CUACUCCCCUCCUCCUUGGCCCCUUUCUUUCCCCACACCAUCUUCAUCCCCACUUUCUCCUCCUCUCCCUCCCCUCUCUUUCCCCCCCCUAUAUCUCUCCCCCUGCCUUUGGAGCAUUUACCUCCCGGCUCUGCUCCCCCCCCCCCCAAGCAGGCUGUCCGGGGGUCUACCCGUUCCGUUGUUCACCAUGGUGCUUGCGGUCCUCUUUAGUCCGCACCGCUUUUCCAGCCUGACACUGGUCCUCUGCCUGUUGCUGGAGAUGUCCUUCCGGCUAUCCUCGCAGAAGAGUGUGUCGCUGGCGAUCCGGCGUUUCCCGAUGGACACCUUCUUCCAAUAUGUCCAUCCUUCGGCCCUGGAUGUGCUCUUUUUCCCCCUUGUGGCCAUGGCUCUCGUCUCGGCGUCGAUGUAUAUCUCCGGGACGCUGCUCCUGUUCAUUGGGGCUCCCUUCGCCGUGUAUCGGUUUUCCCUGUCCAUGACGCAUGCCAGCUUUAGCCAUACGCCCCACUUCCGCGCCUUGGCCAGCUUGGUGUGUGGCGGGUUCCUUGCCUUGGCCGUUCUGGUCCUGUUGCGGACCUUAGCCGACGCAGUUCCUGGCUACUUUCUCCUGUCACAAUUGGCUUUUGUGGCUGUCGCUUCGGCUGCCUGUCGUCUGCGCCUGACUACUCUGCCGUCGACUCGCCUGGCGCACAGCUCCUUUGACUACUACGCCGACCGAGCCCGCGCCCUGGCGCUGGUGCUCCUGGCGCCCGUAUGCUUCUUUGCCGCCGAGGCCGAGGGCUGGACCCACGGCACCGGGGGGGCCCUUCUCUUGAGUGGGGCCCUCCUCGGCGCGGCACUGAUCAUCCUCCUGGCAGAUGCCAUUGGAGCCGGGCGCCUAAUGGUGAAUGAAGCCCAGCGCGUGCGCCAGAAGCGCACCCUCACCGUCAGCCGGUUUGACGCUCUGGCCGCCGGGUCGGAGCUGAGCUUGGCCCUGCUGGCCCGCGGCCGGUACCUCGGGGCCAUUCUCCUCGGGCCGCGGCGCCUUGAUGGGCUGGUCAUGCGCCUGAAUUCCUUCCCCGGAGUCGAGGGGACCCCAUCGCGGCGGCGGCGCACCGCCAGUCGUCACUUUAUGCGUCGGAUUGCCCGGCGCAUAGAUGCCCUGGUAGCCUGGACAAGGGGCCUGCUUCGGGGGUCCACGCCCGGGGCCGGCACCUCCCUGGGGGCCAGUCCCUUUGCCGCGGUCGGCAGUGCCAUUGCCACGCCGCUGGCCGAGCUUCUCCGGGCCUAUCCAAGCCUCUUGGCAGCCAUGGCCAGCGAGUAUAUCCCCGUGGCGCCGAUGUCCUCGCAUGUGCUGAGCCUCGCGCGGUUGCUGGCCGCCGCACCGCGUGUCCUGCUGGCUGCACUGCUGACCGGGGAUUUCCCCACGGCCAUGAUGGCCUUUGGCCGGGCCGUGUCGCCGGUCGCCCUGGCGGCCGUUCUUCGUGGCAUGCUCAACGAAAGCCACGGCAAUGGCGUGCACCUAUCUGAGCAGUCCCAUGCCGGGUCAGUCAGCUUUGCCGUUGGCCCGUCGUCCGCCCCAUCCGCCACCGAGGGUUUGUCCGCGGGGCGGACCCCGGCAGUGCCGGAUCUGGCCACGCCGGCGGGCUUGGCCCUCGCUGUCGGGGCGCCCGGGUCGCCCUAUUCCGCCGCACGCGGCCUCAGCGGCUCGACAGCCGCCACCGCCGCCUCGUCGCCCUAUAUCCUGGCCUCCUCGAGCCCCUUCUUGACCGGGGGGGCGGUCCUGCCGCCGCCGCCGCCCCUCCCCUUGUCGCAGAGCAUGGCCGGCGGGCCGCCGGUCCCCUUCGCUCCGCCGCAACAGUACCCCCCGCCGAUGGAAAGCACGCCGGGCGACGCGCCUGUCCCGGCCAUCCCUGCGGCUCGGUCGCCCGGGGCCCUGGGCGGCUUCCCGUAUGCCCACUAUCAGCACCACUUUGGUGCCGGGAGCAAUGUCAGCCUGGGCAUCGGGGGGACCGCGGCGUCCACCUCGCCGCGACUGGCUGGCUCGACCCACGCAUCUUCGAGCGGCCCGACCGGGGGUGCGUCCCUCGGAUCGACACAUGUGCCCUCUCUGGCAUCCGCCCCUGGAGCGGAUCCCGGGUCUGGGCCUUGGAAGAUGGCUCCCCCGGGUCCGGUGCCCGGGGGUACUCUCCUGAGCCCAAACCCCAGCCCUGGGGCUUCAGUCGCCUCUGGCGCCCCCCCGGCCGAGAAUGCUCUCUUCCACCCGGGGCCCGGGUCUCUCGUGACCGGGUAGCCCCACACCCUGCGCUGGCCAUGUUCAUUUUGGCGCUUCGCCCAGUUUUGCCGUCAUGGCGCGUGCCGGCACGUGCCGCCGAAUAGAAGCCCCCUCCUUCC